CUCGUGGCUCCAGAACUCACAGAAAAACCAACAAGGGAGUACCGGAAAAUGCUCGCCACGCGUUCUCCCGCUCGCAGGUUCCCCAAGCCCUUCUUCCUCCGCAAGGAAGAGCCGCGGCCGGAGGCGACAGCCAAACCUGACGGUCAGAAGCAGCAGGAGGAGCAGCAGGAGGAACCCCAGAUAGACAAGGAGUCGGACAAGCAAUCGGACAAGCAGUCAAGCAAGCAGUCGAGCAAGCAGCCGUACAAGCCGUCUUCUCUUCUGGGCCCAGGUACUCCAAAACAAGCAGCCAUCUCGGUCAUCUCCACGGCGAGCAAUCAGGAGCAGCGCGAGCUCCUGUCCAGCUUCAUCACGGCCAACCACGUCUUGGCGCAGCGCGGCCUGCUCGGCGGGUGCGGCCACGUCUCGAUCCGCAACCCGGAGGACCCCGGCACCUUCAUCAUUGCGGGUGCCAAGCCGGCGUCGCUGGUCCGGGGCCAGCACGACAUGGUGGUGCUCCCCAUCGGGCACGACGGCGGUGACGAGGACGAGGAGGGGGACGGCACCGCGGCGCCGCGCUCGGAGAGCUUCAUCCACUCGGAGAUCUACCGGCGGUUCCCGGGCGUGCAGAGCGUGGUGCACGCGCCGCCCGGGCCCGUCGUCGCCCUCGCCGCCGCCGGCCGCCCGCUCCGGCCCAUCUGGCACGCGGCCGGGUUCCUCGGCGAGGGCGCGCCCGAGUUCGAUGCGUGGCGGCACCACCACCGCGCCGCGCCGCCGGGCGGGAAGCAGGACCUGCUCGUCAGCUCGCGGCAGAUGGGCGAGGCGCUCGCCUCGACGUUCGCCCCGGGAGACGGCGGCCAGGAAAAAGAAGAAGGCGCGAAGGAGGAGGAGGAGGAGGAGGAGGAGGAGGGGGUGCAGACGCCAGCGAGGGCCGUGGUGGUGCAGCGGGGCCACGGGUUCGUCAGCUGGGGCUCGACGCUGGAGCAGGCCGUGUACCGGGCCGUCUACACGCACGAGAACGCGCGGCUGCAGCUGCAGGCCGAAAGCCUGGCGCGUGGAGCGGCGGACGGGGCCUGGGUGCGGUUCCUCGACCGGGCCGAGGCGGCCGACAGCGGCGACAUGAACGACGCCGCCGCGGCCAAGUGCUGGCAGGACUGGGCCGCCGAGGCCAGGGCGAGCGCGCAGUUCAGGAACGACGUGGAGCCUGCGAGGCCCAGUAAGAGAUAGUUAAUGCCUCUGUAGGUAGUUGUGCACUUGGUCUUAUCCAGUCGAAUGUCAGCACUCGUUAUUUAGGUCCG